CCCAUUUUUCUCUCCUCAUUUCUUCACUCUUUCUCAUUUCCGAGCCUCCUCUGCUCUCAUUCUGUUCAAAGGAGAGUUUUUUACACAUGAGAGGCUUUGAAAAUCAGCCACAAUGAAGCCGCCGAAUUGAGUGUGCAGUAAGGGUGGGUAAACCAUGGAGUCUUGCCGGUUGAUUGUGGAUGGCCGUAGCAGUUCAAAGCCGGAAUAAUGUUAUCCAAGAAAAUCAGCUAAAAAUGGAGUUUUCCGUUUUCCGUUUUCCGUUUUCCGUUUCCCGGACGAUGUGAACAAUUUCUGCAAGCGGCAUGGCGCAGGUGAAGACACCCGCAAUUGCGUUGCUCACCGUCCCUUUGGAAAGUGAAAGUCCGCAGCUAAUUUUCCGGACUGCGACUGCCACGUGUCCUCCACUUUCUCUCCCAACCAGCCAAACAGAGCUCCAUGAAUAGCAGGCGAAACGAAAGAAUCCCGCUUUCGAGAACCCAACAAUGGGCGGACGAAAACCCUUCAAAAUGGCUCUACAAAAUUCGGGAAAAAUGGAGCAAAACGAGAAAACAUUCCAUUACAUGAGUAGCAUUCUUUCAUUGGAAAAAAAAGAUGUCGGAAAUUGGAGGGCAAGAGACGGUCGGCACACCUACGACGCCUCCAACUCUUCCAACGCCUCCGACGUCCAGUCGGAAUAGACGGGACCCUUUCUUGGUGGUCUGCAGGUGCUUCGGCUUCGUCACUGCUCUGGCCGGGAUCCUCUGCAUUACUGUCAAUGUUCUCUCGGCCAUUCGAUCCUUCCAGAAUAGAUCUGAUAUUUUCGACGGAGUGUUUCGUUGUUAUGCCGUGGUUAUUGCUUUCUUUGUGAUUAUCGCUGAGACGGAGUGGAGCUUUAUUAUGAAGUUCUCCAAGAUUUUGGAGUACUGGGUGGGUAGGGGUAUGCUGCAAAUCUUUGUUGCAGUAAUGACAAGAGCUUUUCCUUCUUAUGGGGACAAGCAAACGGACCUUCUUCUUCUUCAGAACAUAGCAUGCUUUUAUCUCCUUGGUUGUGGCCUGAUCUAUGUGAUUUCGGGACUCUUAUGCCUUGGCUUUCUCAAACGUUCUCACCAACAGCGAGAAAUUUCAAGGGAGCAAGCUAUUAAGGAUCUAGAGGAAUUGCAGCGGCGCAGGGAGGAACUUGAACAGUUGCUUUUGAAAGAAGAAGUAGUUUAAGACACCUCGUUUGGUUAGUCCAAGAAAUCACAGUUCGUCUUCAGGGGCAAGGGAUAUGACUCCUAGAAUUCCCCAAGAAUUCCCCAAGAAUAGGAUUUUUGUUUGCUAUUCUGAUUUUGUGCUUUUAUACAUUUUCUUUUUGGCACUUAGGUGAGUCAGUGUUCUAAGCUGAUGCAACAAUUUAAAUCCCUAAUUUUAACAACCAUCACAUCAAAGUUUUGAAGUUAGUGGGUAAACUAAGCUUGUACUGGUUGUGCUUGUAUACUGUUACCGAGUUGAUACUUGGCAACUGUAGUUUGUGUAAAGUUGUACAGUUGGGAUCCUCACUAUAUAUUAUCCCUGAUUUUCAAUCUGUUGAAUUUUAGUCAUUGUAGCAAACAUGCUCUAAUCCCACCUGAAAUAGAAAUAUAGGGGUUUGUCACAA